AUGAUUGCUGCGUCAUUUGGAAAUACAGACUCAGUCCAAAUUCUUCUGAAGCAUGGUUCAAGGAUUGCCAGUAUUGACAAGAACGACAGAAAUUCUAUUUUUCUUGCAGCUCAGGAGAACCAAUCUGUCACUCUCACGAAAGAGCUCCUGGGACAUCCCCUGGCUAUGGAAUUGAUCCAUUCAAAGUGGGUUAACUAUGGACAGUAUUUCUUUUAUAUAAACAUGCUAUUCUCUCUGAUAUUCACAGUGGCACUCACCACUUAUUUGUAUCUGUCAAAUUCACCAAAGUUUGUAUUUAUUGACAAAUUAAUUCAGUCUUCAAAAUUCAAGUAUUCCAGGAUGUCAUUUCACGAACUGCAACAGAGAAACUGGAAUUCGAACUGUAACUGUAUGAUCUCACUCCUAGAGCUGGCAAUGGCAACUGGCAGUGGUUUCGGUUUUUCUUGGAUGCAUGAAUACGAUUUUAAUUAUGCAGAAAUUUGCCUUAUUCGGGAUUUAUGUGGUCAUGUCGGUUUGGCAGUCGACGAUAUCAAGGGAGUUCAGGAAGAGGCGGUGCUACAAAAAAUUGCAAAACAGGCAUGACUUGUGUUUUAAUUAUCAGGUCGAACUUUUGAUGGAAGCUGAACGAUUUCUGGGAAAAAAUAUUAUUAGAAAAUUCGCAGAUAAUAAAAGAACUUUUUAUCCAAAUCAGCGAAAAAAAUAUAUGGGAUUGUUUUACUACUUUGACGAACCAGUCAAAUACAACUCAGAAGAAUCGUCGAAAGAG